AGAAAAUUUUGUUUUAAUGACACAGUCCCGUCCCCAUUUUUCUUUGUUUUCAGACCAUCAUACACACAUAUAGUCUCUCUCUCUCUCUCUCUCUCUCUUAUCUUUUCGCUUUGCCAUCGGCAGCCCAUCUUCUGGACAUUAAUGUCAAUCAUUUUUUCUCAGCACGACAUUUGAGUGCAAUAACUCCACCACCCUCUUGCUCACGGCACAGCUGAUCAAUACAUACAGGAUAUAUAUAUAUAUAUAUAUAUACAUACAUAUGCAUAUACUGGGACAUGGGCCACCACCAUAACAACCACCACCACACGACGGCGACGGAUGGCGUUUCGCCGCGGGUCAACAGCCCGAGAUUCUCGGCGGGCUCGAUGACCCGGCGGGCCCACUCCUUCAAGCGUUCCAACAACAGUGGCGCCGGCGCCAAUCAGACCUCUCACAGCACUGCCAAUACUUCUGCCUCGCUCAACACCCACCACGAGAUUGACCUCCAACUCAACUCGCCUAGAUCUGAGGGGAAUGCCAGCCCCGUUUCCGGCGAUGGGUUCGAGCAGAUGGUGGAGAAGAGGCAAGCUCAGACCCACUUGAACAGUGUGAUCCAGAGAGUGUAUUUAAGGAGAAAGACUGGAUCUUUGGCUGUGGACUUGGGCUUGGGUGGAUUGGAGCUCAAGGGCAAGAAGAAAUGGGGCCACUUCAUGUUCUUGCUCUUCUGUGGGCUCUGCUUGUUUUUGGGUGUUCUCAAGUUCUGCGCUUAUGGGUGGUUUGGAUCUGCUAUUGAAAAGGUUGGAUUGAAUCAGGAUUUACCCGAUUCUCUAGUCACUCAUCAAACUAUAAGGCAUCAAGGCUUGCAUGAAUAUGACUAUGGGUAUACAGAAAGACAUCAUGACGAUAGAGAUGGAGGAAGUGAGGUGGAGCAGACCUUAAGGAUGGUUGCUUCGGGGGUGGUCGGUACUCAGAACAAUAUGGCAGAUUAUUCGGAGAUUUGGUCCAAACCUAAUAGUGAAAAUUUCACUCAGUGCAUUGAUCGGCCAAAAAGUCACAAAAGGCUAGAUGGAAAGACGAAUGGCUAUAUUCUGAUAAAUGCCAAUGGUGGAUUAAACCAGAUGAGAUUUGGGAUUUGUGAUAUGGUUGCUGUGGCUAAAAUCAUGAAGGCAACACUUGUGCUUCCAUCGCUUGAUCACACUUCCUACUGGGCUGAUGAAAGUGGCUUUAAAGAUUUGUUUGAUUGGCAACACUUCAUUGAGACUUUGAAGGAUGAUAUUCACAUAGUCGAGGAAUUACCUCCUGAACUUGCUGGAAUUGAACCUUUCAACAAAACACCAAUAUCUUGGUCCAAGGCUAGUUAUUACAAAUCUGAGGUCCUUCCACUCCUGAAGCAGAAUAAAGUGAUGUACUUCACUCACACUGAUUCCAGGCUCGCCAACAAUGAGAUUUCCAAUUCUAUACAAAAGUUGAGAUGCCGUGUAAAUUACCAGGCAUUAAAAUAUUCUGCCUCUAUUGAAGAACUUGGGAAAACUUUUGCUUCAAGACUGCGAAAAAAUGGAAGCCCCUAUCUUGCCCUACAUUUAAGGUAUGAGAAAGAUAUGCUUGCUUUUACGGGCUGUAGCCAUAACUUGACAGCAGAAGAGGAUGAAGAACUUCGUACCAUGAGGUAUGAAGUCAGCCAUUGGAAGGAAAAGGAGAUUGAUGGGGCAGAGAGAAGGCAGCUUGGUGGUUGUCCCUUGACCCCUCGGGAGACUGCCCUUUUGCUUAAGGGUCUCGGGUUCCCUUCCACCGCUAAGAUUUACUUGGUUGCUGGCGAAGCAUAUGGCAAGGGUAGCAUGCAAUAUCUUUUGGACAGCUACCCGAAUAUCUUUACUCAUUCAACUCUUUCGAGAGAAGACGAAUUAAGUCCUUUCGUGAAUCACCAAAACAUGCUGGCUGGUUUGGACUAUGUUGUUGCACUUCUCAGCGAUGUUUUCCUAUAUACUUAUGACGGCAACAUGGCAAAGGCUGUACAGGGUCAUAGGCGAUUUGAGAAUUUCAAGAAAACUAUUAAUCCAGACAGGAUGAAUUUUGUGAAGCUAGUUGACGAACUGGAUGAAGGAAAGAUCUCAUGGAAAAAGUUCAGCUCCAAAGUGAAAAAACUUCAUGAGAAUCGGGCUGGGGCUCCUUAUAUGAGGGAACCGGGUGAGUUCCCCAAGUUGGAAGAAAGUUUUUAUGCAAAUCCUCUGCCUGGAUGUAUAUGUGAGAAAGCCCAGAAAAAGUAGUUAGUUGGAACAUGAAGAUAACGAUCUCUUCAUCUCCUUCUCCGCUCCAAGUGCAAGAGCUCUAACGGGAAGAUUCCAUAUAGCGCAUCCGGCAUGCAGGUUUACUAUGAAGUUCAUCCAAUCUACACAAAAGUGUGUCUGAUAGCAACUGGCAUAUCCAGAACUUGAAAGCGUCGAAUUCUGUGAUCCCUGCUUUAGUUUGACAAGCCACCUCAAUUAGUCUUUCUUACACUUUACUGAUACAACAAAUUACUAGUCUCAGUUUGUUUAGAGGUUUUCCAGAAUCCAUUCUUGAUAAGCAAGGUUUAGUCUUUGUACUAAAGUAUGUGCAGACUGCAACAACUACAUGAUUGAUUCAUCAGCAAGUGAUAAUAUGGAGAGUUUUGUUACUGCCAAUAUGGCAACAUAAAUUAUGUAUUACUACUUCCUUUUC